CUCUCCUCUAUCCGUCUGUAAGUCGCUAACUUUAAAUCUUCAUGGUUCUUUUUAGCUGUUUAGGACCACCUGCUGAUAAGCCCCGCCUCCUGUCAUGACCAUAUCCCACCUGUCUGUCAGUUGCUAUGAGGAAGUGAUCAGCUCACCCCUCCCUCCCCCUCCCCCGGCUCUCCUGUGUCCUUAAUGUUCUCUGCAGUGUCUCUAGGCUUCAGGUAGGAGAUCAGGUAGGUGUCAGGCUGAUGAUCAGGUAGAUGUCAGUUAGAUGGACACGGUGUUCAGGACGUGGGCACUCUGUUCUGUCCUUGGUCCGAUGGUCCAGCUGGUGAAUCGGGGGGAUGGAGAUUUCUCGGCUUAUUACGGGGGCAGAUUAGCUGUAAGGAGAUUAGCGCCGCAGGCUAACAGGAGCCUGAAAACUCUUUUUCUCCGCUUCAAUAUUUAGCUUGACUGCUCCUGAAGCGUGCUCCUGAAGAUGAGCGCAGGUCCGAGGGGACGACAGACCUGCAGACACCUGGCCCCGAAUCCAGAGAACCAGCACUCUCGUCCUCCUCAUGUCUCCGAGUUCAGCGAAAGAGAACCUGAAAUACCUCGCUAAGCUCCUUACGCGGCUCUGCAGGGAGCAGCCAGCGGCCGUCUCCCUCCUGCGUUCUCCUGCUCUGCUCUGAAGAGAAGCCCACCCUGAACCCUGACCUUUGACCUCUGAGCCCUCACACACCUGAACCAGUUACAGGUUUAUCCAAUCACGACUUUGAGAUGAGUGGAGCAGGAUGAUCGGACAUGAAGCACGAGUCGUCUUUGACAUUUGAUGGAGACGUGGAGUCGUAAACGUGGAGUCUGGAGGAUCACUGUGGACCCAGCAGCCUGAGUCCACUUUAAGGAGUUCAUUGGUGAUACUAUCUGAGCGUUGGACCACAUAGAGGGAGUGCUGAUGGUAAACGUCAUGUAGGAAGUACAGAGAAGAAGAGUUGCAGUGUUUUUGGUUCCAGAGGUCUUUCAUGAGGCCCCUGGUGGUGGCUCGUGGCUCUGCAGCUGAAGGCCCUCCAGUGUGCGCCAUGUUUUUAGCACUUUGGACGUGAGACACGGCUGAUGUGAUCCGGACGGGCAUGGCGGUGGGAAAGCUGACCUUCACGAAGGCCGAGCGGGAGAAGCUAGCCGAAGUCCUCUGGCUGCUCAACUGGGUCUCCGUCGUGACGGGGGCCAUCCUCUUAAGCCUCGGCCUGUUCCUCAAAGUAGAGAUUCAGAAAUGGCAGGAAGUGAUGUCAGAGAAUGGGAUCCACUACGUGCCAAACACUCUCAUCACCACAGGCCUGGCCGCCUGCUGCAUCAACUUCCUGGGCGGGAAGAUCUGCCUGGACUGCACCGACACCAACAAGUUCCUGCGCUGGAAGCUGGUGAUGAUGCCGUACGUCAUCUGCACCUUCUUCUUCACCUCCUGCGUCCUGAUGGGGGCGCUCAUGUGCUACAGCAUCCGCAGCCAGCUGGAGGAGUCUCUGUCGCUGGGUCUGAGGAACGCCAUGCGCUACUACAAGGACACGGACACUCCGGGCCGCUGCUACCUGAAGAAGACCGUAGACCUGUUGCAGAUCCAGUUUCAGUGCUGCGGGAACUCUGGAUACCGAGACUGGUUCCAGAUCCAGUGGAUCAGCACCCGCUACCUAGACAUGACCAGCAGCCUCGUGGUGGACCGUCUGCGGAGUAACGUGGAGGGUCGGUACCUGAUGGACGGCGUCCCCUUCAGCUGCUGCAGCACCCUGUCCCCGCGGCCGUGCAUCCAGCAGCACGUCAGCAACACCUCGGCCCACUUCAACUACGACCAGCAGAGCCAACAGCUCAACCUGUGGAGGAGGGGCUGCAGGCAGGCCCUGAUGGACCACUACACCGGGAUCAUGCAGUCCAUCGGCCUCACCGUGCUGCUCAUCUGGCUCUUUGAGCUGCUGAUUCUGACAGGGGUCCGGUACCUGCAGACGGCCAUGGAGAACGUGAUCCGGCUCGGGGAUCCAGACUUGGAGUCAGACGGUUGGAUCCUGGAGAACAGUCUGGCAGAGACGGCUCGCUCUAACUUCAACAUCAUUAAGAACCUGGGGAAGUGUUAUCAGGUCGACGACGACCCCAACAUCAACAUCCCGACCACCACCGCAGAGCAGGAGGUGCCAUCCCGCCGAGUCCAGAACCCUGUGACCAGCUAGGACUAGCUUGAAGAGUCAUAGACCCCUUGAAGGCCAGGACUGGCAGAACAAGGACUCUGGGGAGACUCUGUCGAUGCGACCUCCAGCUUUGCGAUGCUGAGAGUUCCUGAGGAGGAGGAGCUCCAUGGACGCUCCGACGCUCCAGAAUCAGGUUCUGCCCUCAGACCGAGCAGAGACAGAAAGUCCUCCAGGUUUAAAAACCGAGCUCAGAGGACCUGCUGCUCCGAAGGGUCUGAACUUCACUGAGUGUGGUGGGACAGGUACAGGUGUGCUGCGACACAUAAAGGGUUAGUCUCAGGUAGAAACAGUGUACCCACUGAAGACUGUCUAAAGCUCCGCCCCCUUGGAGUCAUGGUCACGUUCUUCCACGGCCUGGUGUGGUACCUAGUUUAAUAGAACAGGUGUUCAGACUGCGCUGUGAUUGGCUGGUCACAUCAAACACUUUACAAAAUAAAAGUCUUCAAUAUUAAA